GUGACAGGUCCCCUGCGCUCUCCCAGCACCUCCGCACCCUCCUGGGGACGGAGGCGCCCUGUAAGUUACAGCCGGAGGGGGAAGAGGCUGUUGAGUGGCACCGGCGCGGAAAAAGCGCCUUUUCGCUGGGUUUUGUAUUCGCCAAGCACCUGGAUAGAAGGCGUGAGGCAUCAUGGACAGAUCUAAAGAGAAUUGCAUUUUGGGACCUAUUAAGGCUACACUACCCCUUGGGGAUGGUCCAAAACGUGUCCCGGUGGCUCAGCAGUUUCCUUCUCAGAAUCCAUUACCUCCAAGUAGCGGCCAGGCUCAGCGAGUCCUGUGUCCUUCGAACUCCUCCCAGCGUGUUCCUAGGCCGAAGCCGGUCUCCAGUCAUAAACCUGUUCAGAAUCUGAAUCAAAAGCAGAAGCAAUUACCAGCAACCAGUGUUCCCCAUCCUGUCUCCAAGCCACCUAGCAACACACCAAAGAGCGAGCAGCCCCAGCCAUCAGAACCUGGAAAUAAUGCCGAAAAGGAACUGGAAUCGAAACAGAAAAAUGAAGACUCAAAAAAGAGACAGUGGUCUUUGGAAGAUUUUGAAAUCGGCCGUCCGCUCGGUAAAGGAAAGUUUGGUAAUGUCUAUUUGGCAAGAGAAAGACAAAGCAAGUUUAUCCUGGCUCUGAAGGUGUUAUUCAAGGCCCAGCUAGAGAAAGCCGGGGUGGAGCACCAGCUCCGGAGGGAGGUGGAAAUACAGUCCCACCUUCGGCAUCCUAACAUCCUUAGGCUCUAUGGUUAUUUCCACGAUGCCACCAGAGUUUACCUGAUUCUAGAAUAUGCACCACUCGGGACAGUCUAUAGAGAACUACAGAAACUCUCCAAGUUUGACGAGCAGAGAACUGCGACUUAUAUCACAGAGUUGGCAAAUGCCCUGUCUUACUGUCAUUCGAAGAGAGUUAUUCAUAGAGACAUUAAACCAGAGAACCUGCUUCUGGGAUCGACAGGAGAACUUAAGAUCGCAGAUUUUGGAUGGUCAGUGCACGCGCCAUCCUCCAGGAGAACCACCCUCUGUGGCACCCUGGACUACCUGCCCCCUGAGAUGAUCGAAUGCCGGAUGCAUGAUGAGAAGGUGGAUCUCUGGAGUCUUGGAGUCCUUUGCUAUGAAUUUCUGGUUGGAAAGCCUCCUUUUGAGACAAACACAUACCAGGAGACCUACAAGAGAAUAUCAAGGGUUGAGUAUACCUUCCCUGAUUUUGUCACGGAGGGAGCCAGAGACCUCAUUUCCAGACUCUUACGGCACAAUCCCAGCCAGAGGCCAACUCUCAGAGAAGUUCUCGAACACCCCUGGAUCACAGCCAAUUCAUCAAAACCAAAUUGCCAAAAAGGCAAAGAAUCAACCAGCAAACAGUCUUAAUUAGGAAUCAUGCCUGGGAGGAAUCCCAGAGCCAGGGCUGCUGUGUAAUCUGUCAGGAACACGCUACCGAGAUCCGUUUUGCUGUUGACCACGGGCCUUUCAUCUAGAGCGCGCCUCGCAGUGGGGUUUGUCUUACUGGGCGGGCUGUGCCUCUUCCUCCCUCCUUGGAGCUCCAUGUCGAUGAACAGGACACUGAAGGGAAACUGGCGUCUUGAUGGGGAGGCCAGGUCCGACUGUAGCUGCCUCCACAGCCUGUGCCAGGCAAGGGGACAUUGCUGGAGACAAGCCUGGAGUCUGAUUGUGGAGAAAGUGACCACUGUGCCCCAACUUGAUCACUUACGAGCUGUGCAAUACCUUUCCAAGUACCCAGGUGUGUGUGUAACUUAUUGGGUGGCUAAGCCUGGCAAAGCUGUUGAAAUGAAUGUGAUUCUUUUAAAUGUUAAAAUAAAGAUUUUUGUAUAGACUUGUAUAUGUCCUUCCAUGGCAUCCCCUCAAGAAUGCUCUGUGUCUGCCUGUUAAUCCUGCCUGGGUUUCUAGUCCUGAACUACUCCUGUGUGAGACUUUGUCAAAUAGGAACGUGUGCUCUACCUCCACCUCGGACUUGUUGGGAUGCAGGAGAGACGUGGGUCUCAGCCAUUCCUACAUGUUGAGCUGAUUUUCUUACAUUGGAGUUACAGCAUGUGUGUAAACUUUAAAUACACGAAUAAAUACAUAUAUCUACCUGGAGUACGUGGGUGCUUCU